GCGGUGCUUUCUGCUGCAAUCAGGAGCAAACGAGGGGGUGGUUGAUGAAUGUGGUGGAUGGGGGUCCCUUCCUAGCCGUUGUCGUGUACAUUACAGACAAGCUGUCCCGCUUGCAUGCGAUGCGCGUUCACGUGGCCAGUGGAGCGCCUCUAACGCAGCCCCCCGCGGCUUCAGGGUUUGCCCCUCCUGAAGAGCACCAAUCUGAGAUGGGUACAUGGAGGGGGCGGGAAGGAUAGUUUGAGGAGGGCUGAGCUUUUUUUUUUUGCGAAAGGACGCCAAUUUCUGUAUUAUUUCACUGCUGGAACAACAACCAGCAAACAGAGAAAGAAGAAAAAACAUCAGCCGGACCGCGCGUCAGAACCUCAUCAACUCCAAAGAAAUCCGAACGGGGAGGGAGAAAAAGACAGUCCAAGAAGACGAGCUGUAUUUCCAAGUGGCAUAUCCGCUCCAAACUGAUAUGGCUGCUGCAUUUAGGAAACCUGAACCCCUGCACUUGGCCUUGUGGAGCUUCCUUCUACACCUCAGCCUCCUUCCUCAAGCCAGGGCUGUCGUUGGACACAAAGAACCACUGCCUGGUGACAGUAAAGAUAACAUCACCAUUUACACCCAAAUCCUAGACAGACUGUUGGAUGGGUAUGACAACAGACUACGUCCUGGGCUAGGAGAGAGCGUGACAGAAGUGAAGACAAACAUUUAUGUGACAAGUUUUGGUCCAGUGUCAGAUACAGAUAUGGAGUACACCAUCGACGUCUUUUUCCGCCAGAGCUGGAGAGACGAGAGGCUGAAAUUUGACGGACCUAUGCAGAUUUUGCCCCUCAACAACCUCCUGGCCAGUAAGAUCUGGACGCCUGACACCUUUUUCCACAAUGGCAAGAAAUCGGUGGCCCACAACAUGACAACCCCGAACAAACUUCUACGACUAGUUGACAACGGCACUCUUCUCUACACUAUGAGGUUGACCAUUCACGCCGAGUGCCCCAUGCACCUCGAGGAUUUCCCCAUGGACGUGCACGCUUGUCCCCUGAAGUUUGGAAGUUAUGCUUACACCAAUAACGAAGUCAUAUACCUCUGGACCAAAGGAGACGAGAAGUCGGUCGCCGUGGCAGAAGAUGGCUCCAGGCUCAACCAGUAUGACCUACUGGGACACGUUAUUGGCAAGGAAACCAUUAGCUCCAGCACAGGCGAAUAUGUAGUGAUGACAACACAUUUCCAUUUGAAAAGGAAAAUUGGCUAUUUUGUGAUCCAAACCUACCUCCCCUGCAUCAUGACCGUCAUACUGUCACAGGUGUCCUUCUGGUUAAACAGAGAGUCGGUUCCUGCGCGCACCGUGUUCGGGGUCACCACCGUCCUCACCAUGACAACCCUGAGCAUCAGUGCUCGCAACUCCCUCCCUAAGGUUGCCUAUGCCACGGCCAUGGACUGGUUCAUGGCCGUGUGCUAUGCAUUUGUCUUCUCAGCCCUGAUUGAGUUUGCCACCGUCAACUACUUCACCAAGCGCAGCUGGGCGUGGGAUGGGAAAAAAGAGGGCAUGGAAAUCAGGGAACCGUUUCAGGCUAACAUGGCCAGGAUUAACGAUAUGAGAAGAGAAUCUGCAAGCCUCUCCAAAAAGGCAAAUAAUACCUUCAACAUUGUUGGAACCACCUACGCCAUCAACGUGGCAAAAGACCAGGGUUUAACGACCAUUUCUAAGAGUGCCGGUGCCGGGGCGUCCGCCAAACACUCCGCCUACCUUCAUAAAAUGGAUGAUCCCUACACAGAAGCCAAGAAGUCUUACAACCGAGUCAGCAAAGUGGACAAGAUAUCGCGCAUCAUUUUCCCCAUUCUUUUCUUCAUCUUCAACUUGGGCUACUGGGCCACUUAUGUCAACAGGAAGCCCACCAUCAUAGAAACUAACAACCUCAACUGAAUCUGAUCUCCAGUCAGUCUUCAUCUGGUUUAGAAUGGAGGGUAGACAGCUUUACGGGAGACCAUGAAACAUCCUGUUGUGUGUGUGUAUGUGUGCGUGUGUGUGUGUGUGUGUGUGUGUGUGUGUGUGUGUGUGUGUGUGUGUAUGUGUGCGUGUGUGUGUAAAUAGUCUCACUGGACAUUUCUCCUGCUUCAGCUAAUGAGAUCCAGAUCCAGAUUAUAUUAACACCAAAGUGUUAUUGCCUGCACACAACGUAAUGAGCGCAAUUGGUUUAUGAUCAGGCAGAAAUUACUGGAAGGAGAAGGAGCUCCAGAAGGAAGAAACCAUUUUUGCUUUAAGUCGCUACAGUGUUUCCCCUGGUUGACAGCAAGAGCAGACAUUUCAUCUGGAAAGGCAAACUAACAGUUAUUCAGCUGCAAAACAGCAUGGAGAACAUACCUGGGAGGCUGAAUGGGCUAAAUUAAGACAACAAUCCAGCAAGUACAAGAAGCAGGUUAGCGGUAAGACAGUUCACCGAACUCCCGAUCUCAGUCCGCAUGACUGAAUCCAAUGAAUUCUUCAUCCUCAUUUUCUCUACCUGAGAACGCCCUCUCGACUGGCUGUCGACGGUAAUAAAUGCUAUAUAUAUUUUGGUAUAUACGUCACACCAGACUUCAGUAUAAGUCGGCCAAACUAUGAAACCAAGUGCGAUUUAUAGCCCGGAAAAUAAGAUAACAGCGGUCGUCCCGCACGGCCCAGCCUUGCACCGUGCCGGGGGUCGAUCCCGCAACCACAAGUCGUCUCGAGUGCGCUAGCCAGUAGACCAAAAGUCCAGGCUAACCGAUUCAUUGAUGAGUUAUGUAAAUGUAAUUGAUCAUCAUUUAUCCGGUUGCAGCCGUCUCUGGUUUAUAGCGGUUAAUUGGUUCCAGACUCGAGCACAAUAAACGAAUUUCCACGAUAUUCAAUUCAAUGUUAAUAAAUGGAAUAUUUUUGUAGUUAGAGCGUGAAAAACCUUUUUCUGACUUUCUCAACAUGGUUUUUAGCAUGAUUAGAGCCCUGAAGACAUGAAAGAACACGCCUAUAGUCGCCUUUACACUCCUAUUACUCAUUGUUUACAUCACAUUGCGCAACUCUUAUGCAGCAGGGGCUCGAGAUGGUCGCGAGCUAGCAAUCUAGCAAGCUAACCAGUUAGCCUCAAAUUUAUUUUGUCUAAUCUUAAGAAGACAAAACCUUACCACUUUCACACAGGAUGGGAGGAUAACUUUUUUUCACUCUAUCACGCAGUGUUAAGGUAGUGUAAUGUAAGCUAAUGUCUCAAUGUUUUGUGUCAUUACUGCCACCUAGUGACCAGAAUACCACAUAACACAUAACACACGAUACAAAAGGUACUGUUGCCUCCCAACAGAGACACGUUAAGGCGCUGAUGCUCUUCCGAAGCUUCGCUGCCAACCUUCACGCACCAACAGCAGUGUUCAAUUCCAAAACGCCGCGUUCGCAUGCCGAGGUGCCUUCACGGACACUGUAUUUCCAAACACCGACGUGUACGACACAACUAGACCGCUCCUUAAAUGACUUCUGUUGUCAUCUGGCACUUCAACCCCCGCCCCUCCCCAACAUAAACGGCAGGGGAAACACUGGUAAAGCCCUGUCAGUCCACACACUGGCCCCGGCACCGUUUUAGCACCAGCCCUGCGACUUGACGCACAGGCCCGGUAAGAAACCAUGAAGCUACGGUGAGAAUGCUAAUUGCCUGUUGUGUGCAACAUCCCAUGUAUGUCGUUCUCCUUCAACCAGUGGCAGCCGACAAAAUAACGAACAGAUGGAAAAACUCCGACGAGUCUUGGCGGAAGUACAGCCCUUGUAUUGGAUCUCAUUAGAGUGUGAAAUGAAGUUUCCGGUGAGUGUGCGUACGUGUGUGCUUGUGGUGUGAUGUUUUGCUCAUCCGUAUAGACGCAGGCCGACGCUCACAUUACCUCCGAGGGAGCGCAUGCUCCCAUCAGACCCUUUUUUACACAGCCGGUCAAUGUGGCACCAUGGUUACACCUUGUGGCGCCAACAGCAUUGCCAACAAAAGUACCACUUUGAGGUCUGUGUAAAGGGUACGACGCCAGAAAGCUAGCUAAACCCCCGCACCCCCGCUGGGGCGGCAUUGCAUAUGAUGGCGACGCUACGCAAGCGCAGUUGUGUUGCGUUUGUUUUCCCUCCAUUUAGCUCUGGCCCUGUCGCCUCUUGUGAGUAACCAAGUGCUCCUUUUGUUGCAUCUUGACCGUUUGCCAUUUUGUAGAGUAGUGAAAUCGUCUUUUCUCUGUUUUGAAAUGCAAGCAUGCGUGUCAGGUUGCAAAGGCAAGAGUUUAUAUGCAAACAUGCAUGCACACACACCGACUACGCAGGGAUGCAUUAGCAGACGCCAGCAUUCCGGGGUUGCUUUACUGUGCCCAGGCAGUAUAGUUCCUUAGGUCCGUCAUUAAUAAUCCUCACAGUCUGGCCUUCAGCUCCCACUGAAUUUCAACACAGCCGAUGCGGUAUCAUCUGGAAUUGCCUCCGCAUCCCGUGGGGGCCGCCUGUGCAUUUUCAAGUUCACUGGCUUUAGUCGGCCGAGUAUGUUUGAUUAAAGAGGAGCCAUGUGGUGAACGCACACGACAUGAAGGGGGGAAAAAAAAGGUAUUCCCACACACAUACGCACCUACGCUACGCAAAAUAGGUCUCGCUGAGUGUUUACAGCAAGCUAACACACUCUGGUGGUGCUAUGUGGCCAUGUCCCACCACCCGCAGCCCAUGUAUGGGUCGGGGGCACAGAGUGUAAAAUUGCCCAUCAGUGUGGAAGGUGAACAGACGUCUGGCUGAGACAGGAUGACACAAACACCUCGGUCAGGAAAGUAGCUAUCGGCUGUGCUAAAAGUGGCGAGAGGUGGUUACUUUGCGUAACCGGGCAGUCCGUCUGCGUGUAGCCCGCCUCUCCAACGCCGAUUUCAGGUCGAAAGAAAUGAAUGUUCUAACUAGGGAUGUCCCGAUCAGCAUUUUUGGCCCCCCAUCCCGAUCCAAUUUUGCUGCAGAUGAUGGAACGGAAAAUGUUUUAAGCGAGUAACUGAAGCAGGGGUGUCCAAAGUGUGUCCCGGGGGGCCAUCUGCAGCCCGCUGCUGUUAUUUUAUUGGCCCACGGCACGUUCUAAAAAUAUCAUUUCACUAAAAAAAUAUUUAAAAACCCAACAAUAACAGCAAAAAUGGAAAAUUCAGCAUUCAUCAAGAAUAGAAGUAGCAAUACUAUGAGGAAAAAUGACAUCAUUUCAGUAGUAGUACGUUGAAAUAUUAAAGAAAAAAGAUGUUUUUGGAAUUGGAAUUUUUUUUUUAAUUAGGUUGCGGGAAAAGUUCAAAUGUUACGAGAAUAAAGUCAAAAUAUUAUGGGAACGAAGUCAUAAUUACGAGUUGGAAAAUAAACCCAAAAAACCAACAGCAGAAAUGAAAAAAACAGCUGUAAUUUUAUGAGAGUAAAGUCAAACUAUUAAAAGAAAAAAGUCGUAUUCUAAUGAGAAAAAAGUCACAAUUUUACGAGAAAAAAAUGGUAAUAUUAUGAGAGGGAAAAAAAUUCAUUUUAGUAGCAUAGAGUUGAAAUAUUAAAGAAAAAACAGAUUUUUGUUUUUUUUUAAGUCGUAAUAUUAUGACAAACAAAACAACAAACAAACAUUUUUGGAAAAUUAGGUUGCAGGAAAAGUCAUAAUGUUACAAGAAGGAAGUCAAAAUAAAGAAAAUAAAGAAAAAUGAAAGAUGAAAGAAAAUUAAAACCCAAAUUGAACUGUUUUACGAGAAUAAAGUCAAAAUAAAGGGAAAAAAGUUGUAUUUUAAAAAAUCUUGUGAAAAAAAAUCACAAUUUUACAACAAUAAACUUGUGAUGCUAUGAUGAAAAUUUAUGUCAUUUUUAUGACAAACACACAACAAAAAUGUUUGGAAAAUCAGGUUGCGGAAAAAGUGAAACUAUUGUGGGAAUAAAGUCAUUUUAUUCCAAAAAGAAAAUUUACUGAGAUUAUUUAAGAAAAACGCUGAAAUGCUUGGAUUUUUUUUUUUAAACUGCCAAAAUGAGGGAAAAAGAGCAAAGAGUGAAACUGAUACUAAUAAUAGGCUUUUUCUCAGACAAUAGCUGAGAUGUAGUUUUUUCUUUCAAUGUGUAUAAUUUCUUAGCAUAAACAAAAUAUCAAAGUGGCAAAGUUGCAUCCUUUCAUUUUUCACUUUGUGGCCGUUGCUGGAAAGUGUGGACACCCCUGAACUGAAGUAAUUAAGCUUAUUUAAUUAAAAGUAGAAUUUGCUAGUCCUGUUGCAAGUCAACAGCGUCGUGUCGCGAUGGCAGAACAUAACGUGGAGCCGCACACUCUAAAAGAAGGCAAAACCUUGAUGAGCUGGUUGUCCGAAGCGACUACCUUUGAUCUGCUUUGCCUUUUCGCACUCUUCUGGAUAUUUGGUUCUCCUCCAUAAAUCCAGAGUUUGUUGCUUUGGAUUAGCAGCCGCUUCUGUGCUAACCAUCUUCGUCCUCGGUUUUAUGUGCGCUCCUCAGAUGGCCUGUUACAUUUGUGGCAUUGAAUGCAACUCUUCUAGUACCACCCCUUGAAAUUGUCAUUUUGCGCCUGCCGUAAAGAUCAGGGGGACGCAUCCUCUGAUAUCCGAUUAAUAAAACAAGGUAAAAGUCAUCCCGAUCCCGGGACAUCUCUAGUUCGAACACAUUGAUUAGUUCCAGCUCCGAUAACGCUCCCCGGUAGCUCUUUAACUGCCAUUGUCGGCUCACGACAAAGGAAGCUAACAAGGUCAUUGAGAGUUGUGGUCGCUCACUCAGUUGAUGCGCUGGAAAACAGCUCCCCUAGUGUUUCAACAGAGAAUUGCACAACCCCUGCUCAGCCCUGACGAAGAGCUAUGAAAGGAUGAAGACGGUGACGACGCAGGAUCAUAACCCAGGCUUAAGAACGACACCCGAUUUCACGUGGGGGUCUCCAACGACACCACGUGAGGGGUAUGAAUGCUGCCUAAAUAUCGCGACAAAGUUGGCAACGCUGGACACAAAAGCCAUUCUGCGAUCCAGCUUCGUUUUUAUUUUUUUGAAGUCAUAACAAACAGCCGCCGUUACCUCAGCCCAUUCCGAAAUUCCAAAUGGAAAUACAGUGAAUACAAAUGGGUGUUUUGUAUAUGAAAUAUCUUUGACUAUUUUCAAAAUGCAUUGUGUAGCUGUCAUGUUUUGCUUCGUUUCUUUGCUCUUCAGUUGCUUUGCUUCUUGUGUUUUUCUGCAAUGUUUUAUUUACUCAUGUUGUACUUUUUAAUACUUGAUUGCGUCAAGUGUGUCCUUAACUGUGUACACUUGUUGUACCGCUUGUGCGUUUUAUAGUAGACAACCAGCCACAGUCUAGUAAUUCAUUCCAAACACGGUGAGCAGUCGUGACGCCAAAUACGCUGGUACGUGAACUCCAAGAAUGCUCCAAUUUGAACCACCUUCAGGUGUGAAGAAUUAGUGCCCUUUGUUUUAAACGGGUUUUAGCGUCAAUAAUGCAUGACAAUCUGUACACGUGUGUGUCCUCAAGGGCAGCCUGACGGCAUGACGCUCACGUAGAGCGCCGUGUCGAUGUUCUUGUGGUUUAACUCAUUCACUCCCAGCCCCAGAAACACCUUCAUUAAUGACUGCUGUAUAUUUAUGUGAUGUUCAUUUACACCGACAAGGUUAUGAAAGUGCUUUUAGCCCCGUUUGCAAGCAUGCAGAUUUUAUGAGUCUGCUUUACCUGCGAGCUCCGUUACUCAUAGAAUCCUUGAUGAAGUUCCUCCCUCGGUGAAGUCAUUCAGAGCAUUUUCCCAACAAAUGCAUACAAGGUCAGCAUAAACACAGCAACAUGGACGGUGUUGUCCAUGAAGAUAGCUUAAAUGAAAAAAAAGUCACAAUGGAAAAAUCAGCAGUGAUUUUACAAGAAUGAAGUCGAAAUAUUAAGAGGAAAAAGUUGUAAUCCAACGAAAACAAUCCUAAUUUUACGAGCACAAAGUCAUAAAUAAUAAUGUCAUUUUAGAAGGAUGAAGUUGAAAUAUUCACUCAUUCAAUCCCAGCCAUUUUUCAAAAUUCAACCCCUUCAGCAGCGGCCAUCUCAGACUAUUCUGACUGAUCUUUCAAGGCACACAGAUUAUUGUGUUCUAUGGCUAUAUCAACAUGGAACCUGCCAAAAGAAACAUUAGACUCUUGUCUUUCAUCAGACAAAAAAGUUUGGUUCUACCUUUUUUUGUUCUUUAGUAAUCAGAGGUAGAACAUAGGUAAGUUUCAGGAAAAUACCAGUUCCUGACUAAAAAAAGGGAGACAAACAGCUUUUUGUGAAAAGAUACAUUUCAAGCAUAACUUGAAGUCAAAAUAUUAUUGGAAUAAAGUCAUCAAGAAAUGGGGAAAAAAGAGCAAAGAGUGAAGUUGAUAAGUGCUUUUUCACCUGCGUAUAUCAGAAAGCUGAUUUCUUGAAAUAUAUAUCACUUAUUAAGUUGCUCUGCAAAAUAUCAAAGCAGCAAAGUUGCAUCCUUUCAUUUUUCACUAUAAGGCCCUCGCUGGAAAAAGUUUGGACACCCCUGACAUAAAGUAUUGACUAAAAAUAUAUUUAUGGUCAUGUCAUGUUGUGACAGGGGGCAUUGGUUUCAGCAACUCCACUCCUGCGGGGGUUUUAAAUUAUUUGCCUGUGUGGUUAAUUAUGCAUAGCAGAGGACUGAAAUGAACCACCACAUCCCUCACAGUGUCAAAAAUCUCUUGUCCUCCAAGUGGAUCAGGGGAUCCAUCAUUCCGAAGGUUAAACGGAACAGCAUCAACAUUAGGGGGUACAGAAUGUCCAAAUUCAGUCACACUUUCCUAGUUGACAUAUUUGGAAUAUUUAGCCCACUGUCGCCACAUUUAGCUCAUCUUUUUCACAUUUAGAUUUACAAUUUAGAUUUACAGUUUGGAUCUAGAUUUACCAUUUGCAUUUUGAUUGGCUGGUGGCUAGUCCAGGGUGUACCCCGUCUCUUGCCUGAAGUCAGCUGGGAUAGGCUCCAGCAUACCCCCGCGACCCUAAUCAGGAUAAGCGGCACAGAAAAUGGAUGGAUUUUACAUUUACAUUUGUUAUUUUCAUUUAACAUUUAGAUUUAGUAUUUAGAUUUAGAGUGUAGAUUUAGAAUUACCAUUUAGGCUUACAUUUUACAUUUAGAUGUAUUAUUUUUUAUUUAACAUUUAGAUUUAGAGUUUACAUUUAAAUUUAGCACAGACAGAUAGAUUUCGAGUUUAGUUACCAUUCAGAUUUAAAUCUUAACUUUAAAUUAGUUAUUUUUUAUUUAACAUUUAAAUUUAGCGCCAACAUUUAGAUGUAGAGUUUAGAUUUAGAGUCACCAUUUCGAUUUACGUUUACAUUUUUGAUUUAACAUUUAGAUUUAGCGUUUAGAUUUAGUUAGAUUUACAUUUAGAUUGAUUUUUUAUUUAGAUAGAUUUUUUUAUUUAACAUGUAGAUAUAAUGUAAAGAUUCAGAUUUACCGUUCAGAUUUACAUUUUACGUUUAUAUUUGUUAUGUUUGAUUUAACAUUUAAAUUUAGCGUCAACAUUUAGAUUUAGAGAUUAGAUUUAGCGUCCCAAUUUAGAUUUACAUUUAGAUUUAUUUUUAUUUAACAUUUAGAUUUAGUAUUAACAUUUAGAUUUAGAGUUUAGAUUUAGAUUUACCAUUUAGAUUUACAUUUAGAUUUAUUUUUAUUUAACAUUUAGAUUUAGAGUACAGAUUCAGAGUUACUCUUCAGAUGUACAUUUUACCUUUAGAUUUGUUAUUUUUGAUUUUAUAUUUAAAUUUAGUUGCAACAGUUAAAUUUAGAGUUUAGAUUUAGAGUCCCCAUUUUGAUUUACAUUUAGAUUUAUUUUUGAUUUCAUAUUUUGAUUUAGUGUUAACAUUUAGAUUUACAGUUUCGGUUUUGAGUUGCCGUUUAGAUUUACAUUUUACAUCGAUUUAGAUUUAGCAUUUAGGUUUAGAUUUACUAUUUAUAUUCACCAUUUAAUAUCUACCUCAAAUGUGGACCAAAACAGCUAAAUGUGAGAAGAGUGAGGUAGAUAUGAAAUACAAGUAUAGAUAUUAUAUUAUUAUGUGACAUAUUAAAUAUUAUAUCAGGUAAAAAAGUGUGGCUGAAUAUUCACAUCGGGCACCCCAUAGAACAUACACAGUAUCCUUGUAAGCCGCCUUCACAAACCACCUAACAAGCUCAGCGGAGCUCAAAUCCGGUGGAAAAGGAACAAAAAAGAUGGGAUUCAUCUGAAUUACAAAGUCAUGAUUGUUAAUACAUAGUUUGAAAUACAACCGCCCUCAUACUUUGACAAGCUAUGAUUGAACAGAAUAGAUUUUUACAGCCCCGCUGGUGCCGGCGUUUGUUUGUGUUGAGUACCUGAGCGGUGGUUCAAGAAUCUGCAGAAUAUUUGAGAAGCACCCGGGAGGAUAAACGUAAACGUAGCGCCGCAAACACAGCCAAGGGUUAUGCAGGCCGUGAGAACAGGAAAACAGGAAGCACUCUAGCGCCGUGCGACACUCCCAGUCUUUUGAACAGGUUUAAAAGCUCAGUUUUCACCGAGGCAAGAACUGAAGUGGUUUAUCCGUGGGUACGCCUGCGUAAAACUCAUUUGAUCCAACACAAGAACUGUAUCAAAUUCUGCCUCUGCAAAAUGAUAAUGCUCACUUUUGAUUGGCACAGUCACAGAUGCAGCCGAGUGGCCAAGACGAGAACUUUAUUUCACAUUCGUCUGCUACAUUUAUUGAAUACGGAACAGGAAAGCCAUGUUCUCGUUUGAAAUGUAGCAGAUGCUGACGAUCAGGCCCAUGCUGUGAAGCGUAGUUACUUUUAUCUCCUCACGCGUUCCUUCAGCUGUGAUGCUGUCAUUGUUGAAAUCGCCCCGUGUGUGUCUGGCUCCAUCCCUGCUGACGGUGUUUACGUGGCACAAAACAGGCAGAAAUAACAAAGGCUUGCAAAUGUGAGGGCGAAGCAGCGCAGUCAAACGCAAUAACGACGUCCUUGCCAUGCCGACAUUGUCACGGCAUUCUUCCAAAAUGACGACGCGUGUGGCGUGUUGGGGGCACGUCCUUCCAAACAUACAAAAAGACCUCAAACCAGCAAGGUUACGUUUGCCGUUGCACACAUGCAGUUGUACUUAUGCAGUAUGGAAAUGACCGCCCAUAUUUGUUACGUCAUCUGGUCCGCGCAAGCCAAAAACUUUUCGGCAUCCGUGCAUGUGCACGGAAGCCAGUGUUUUGCAAAUGCCCUGUUUUUAAAGACAAAAACCUAUGUUUGCGUGUGGACAACGACCAAAAGACAUACAAAAAUAUGCUUUUUUUAAAAAAUCCAUAUUUAUGUGGACAUAGCCUCAGCAUGACAUCACUGUUUGACAAUAAAAUACAGAGAAAUGUCGUAAGGGUCACCCACUUUUUUGACUCCACUAGAAUGACGCACAACAACAUUGGUGUGACUCGUAAUGAUGGGCCUGCAAAGCAAAGGGCAGCAUCCUUAUCUUAUUCUGACUAAUGCGGGGCAAACCGUGCAAAGAACCCCCACACAGGUUCUAUCGCUGGAAAGCUACUGAUCAUACGGAGUGUGCUAUUUACACCAGGUAACAUUUUGUCCGACAUGAUUGGCGAACAAAGUUGAAAACGGCCACUUGAUUAGGAACCCCCACUUCAGCCCAAACCGUGCGAAGAACCUCCACUCAUGUUAUAUCGCUGGAUAGGUCUCGAUCGUGCGUAGUGGGAUAUUUGUACUAUGCAGCAUUUUGUGUAACCGUGGCAACGUAACUGACAAACAAAGCAGUAAACAGGCCAUUUGAUUGGGAACCCACCCUUCGGGCCAAACCGUGCUCGUUCAAAACGUCCACAGAAAUGUUUGAAUUCUGUCUCUAACAUUUUCAAAACUGACGAUAUCAUUUGCAAAGGCAGAUUUUUUUGUUUCCCGUGCCGGAUCGAAUUUGAUUGUGUUUCCCCACCGGCCCGACUUGUCUGAGCAGAUUAGCGUUUGUCCGUCCUUGAGUGGCAACAGGAAACCCAAAACGAUAUCGUCGUCAUCUAGCGGAGGACACCGAUGCACGCGCGAACACGUGAACAUUCCAGAGGCUGCCACACGGGAACAGCUUGCGUUCAUUUGACUUCCCCGCACUGUUUUCAUGCAAGUGUCGCGCCUUUUUCGUCGCUUGUUUUCACACAGGGCCAGAGUUAACACAACGGAACCAUGUCAUCGCAUCAAGAUGCAGCAUAUUAAGAGUAUAUUUCAGCUUAUGUUUUCUACAACCUAACCUCUAAAAUGUGGAUGCAAUUCUCUUGAUGGGUAGAUUGCCGUAUACACGUAGAACACUAACGACCGAUAGCUGACAACAGUGUAACCAAGUUGUGAAUCUGUAGAUAUCGUGGAAUCAAUUGAGAUCGUUUGUGAAUAUUGAUACUGUAUGUCGCGUCAUUUCUUUUCCAAUCUGAUAUGUAGCGCUGUCUUAACAUUCAGCUCCGUCACACGUGCGUGUUAUAGUCUUAUACCGACGUACGGUAGAUGAAUAUUCAUAGUCUACUUACAUGAUGUGCACCCUUUUCAAACUUAACCUGUGAAUUAGCUGCUGUUUGCAAGCACCGUUGUACACGCUGUGCUCGCUCGCUCCAGCAACGCCACUGCAUGUCUGUACGCACCGAGCCAUGGAAGACCUCCCCCACAAAGACGGCUCCGGGAACCCAGUGGACUCUGUGUUGUUGUUGGGAAGUGGCUCUCUGUGUGCUCGGUGGCUGGACUCUCUGUAUGUUGACUUAUCUCGUUCAUGUGCUUACUGUAAUGAGAUGUAGCAAAACGGAAAUGGAAAUAAAAAGGAUGUUGUAUUUUG